AUGAGAGUACUGCGAGCGCUCAUCGUCCUUCUACUGGCCGCUGUCGCCAUCAGCCAAGCUUUUGUCAUUGGUGAUGAUUUGAGCGGUCUUGUCGAUUAUCCAUUACCAAAGAGGAAUUUCCAACAUAUCUGGCGUAAUAUCGAGAUGCAAAUGCCUGGUGGACAAAAACGAACCGAAUCACUAUCUCGUGCCAGAGCUAACGCUUAUUAUCGUCUCGGCUGA